GCUUCCAUCGUUUUUCUGGAUUUUUGUGAAAAAGACUUGAAGAGAAAAACAGAGAAAAUGUCGAAAUCACCAGAGGAAGAGCACCCUCGAAAGGCUUUUGGCUGGGCAGCGAGAGAUUCUUCUGGAGUCCUCUCUCCUUUUAAAUUCUCUCGGAGGGCAACGGGAGACGAAGACGUAUCCUUCAAAGUUCUCUACUGUGGGAUCUGUCACUCCGAUGUUCACUGCGUCAAGAACGAAUGGGGAUUUUCUACCUAUCCAUUGCUCCCUGGACACGAGAUCGUGGGCGUAGUGACGGAGGUGGGAAGCAAGGUAAAGAAAUACAAAGUGGGUGACAAAGUGGGCGUUGGGUGCCUGGUUGGAGCUUGUCACUCCUGCGACAACUGCAAGAACGAUCUCGAGAAUUACUGCCCCAAGAGCAUCCAAACCUAUAACUGGAUCAACGUAGACGGUACUAAGACCUACGGUGGCUACUCUGACUUGAUGGUCGCCAACGAGCGCUACAUCGUCCGGAUGCCCGAGAACAUGCCACUCGAGGGUGGUGCGCCUCUGUUAUGUGCCGGCAUCACUGUCUACAGCCCCAUGAAGUAUUACGGACUCUGCUCUCCCGGUAUGCACUUGGGUGUGGUAGGACUUGGUGGACUUGGCCAUGUGGCUGUCAAAUUUGGGAAAGCUCUUGGAAUGAAGAUUACAGUCAUCAGUACCAGUAUUGGCAAGAAGCAGGAAGCACUCGAGCGUCUCGGUGCCGAUGCCUUCUUGAUCAGUCGUGACCAGGAACAGAUGCAGGCUGCCACAGGCACAAUGGAUGGUAUCAUUGACACAGUCUCUGCUGAUCACCCUCUCCUGCCAUUGAUGGCUCUGCUUAAGACGAAUGGGAAGCUCGUUAUGGUGGGUGCACCGGAGCGGCCACUCCAGCUGCCGGUCUUCCCUCUGCUCAUGGGGAGGAAGAUGGUGGCAGGAAGCUGCAUUGGAGGAAUGAAGGAAACGCAGGAGAUGAUAGAUUUUGCAGCAAAACACAACAUAACUGCGGACAUUGAACUCAUUCCAGUCGAUUACGUCAACACCGCCAUGGAGCGGCUUGUCAAGGCCGACGUGAAAUACCGAUUCGUUCUCGAUAUUGGAAAAACCAUGACCCCCGCUUAGGCUUUUAGACCCAGUUGCCUU